AUGGGGAGAAUAUUCCAAUUACUAACAUUACUGGCUGCCCGCUUUCUGCUUUGUAACGCCUACGAGUUGAUGGUCAAAAACACAGUGGGAGAUGAGGACUCGACUGAAAUGGAUGAACUGGGAAAACUGUAUCAUAAUCGUACGAAGCACAACCAUUUGAGUGUCUUCAGAUAUAAUGUUUCGGAUGGAACUGCCAUUCGGUUUUAUUUGGAAUCAGAUGCCCCCAGAAGUUCUCCACUAUUAGCUGUUUUCCGAGAGGUGACAAAUAUUGUAUCUGCACAGCUACCGAUCGUCAACCACUAUACAAUAUACAAUAGUACCGCAAGGACACUCUGCCCAGUAAUAGCAUCGGACCUCAACAAUCCUUGGCAUUGUUUGAGCGUAGAAUUGAGUAGCGAUGUGCCCGUCAACUUUUCGUUCAAGGCUGAUAUCCAGAAGAAUUUUAUGGUGCCCAACGACACAAUGCCGCGAAUCAACCUGACUGCUGGCGUCACCAGCCCGAUUUACAUGCGCUACACAAUUCCGGAAGAUCGAGAUUCUGUAGUUGUAGUCGUGAAAUCAGAUUCAACGACGUGUAUGACGGUUUCUGUGCAGCCAGUCCAGUGCCCUGUCUUCGACUCAGAAAGUAACGUCAUCUCGGCGGGAUUGCAUCAAACAAUGACAACUUCAACUGCAAUCACAGUCGAACGAAGCAAGAUGGAAGCGUUUAAUUUGGUAUUUGUCGUCCGGCAAGACGAUUCUGGAUGUGCUGAAGAUUUUAUAGCCUCAACUUUUAUUACGCCAAGCCCACCGGAGAAAUUGAGAUAUAAAAAUUUCUCUGUCGGAAUCGAAAAAGCGCCAACUGUGAACGACUAUCUAGUUCCGAUAUUUAUUACAACAGGAACAAUCGCGUUUAUCUACUUGAUAGCUUUUGCGUUUGUAAUUGGAAUGGGCAGAUUUGAGCGUGUGAUGAUGAUGAAGGAAAGGGAAAGUUUGAUGAAUCUAUUACACGUUGACGAAGACCAAGAGGCGGGUCCCUCUUAUCGUGACGACAUAGCGGAAGAAGCGAGAGAAUUGGAGGAUGAUUCAUCGCUUGAAAGCUAUGAUGUCCUGCCGGAUAUUUAUGAUAAAGAAGUCGUUAGAUCGAAGAUCCGACUAACCGUAGCCGAUCUAUCACUGAAAAAAUGGAAACAACGUGAUCAAAAAUACAAGAAAUAUACAGUAUCCCUAUUCACGCUAUCACUCUUCUAUGGCCUACCCGUAGUGCAACUCGUACUCAAUUGGCUGAAUACGGUCCGACUGUCCGGUAAUCUCGACCUUUGUUGGUACAACUUCGCCUGUGCGAGACCGUUUUUAAUCUUCUUUGAUUUUAACAACAUCUUCAGCAAUGUCGGUUAUGUGUCAUUGGGUCUACUUUUCAUCCUGAUGGUCAUGGAAAGAGAACAUCGUCACAAGCAGCUUGUAUCAGCUUUUCCGGCGGAUUUACGGAAUGAUUACGGUUUGCCUCGCCAUAACGGCUUACUGUACGCUAUGGGGAUGGCAUUGAUCAUGGAAGGUCUACUCUCCGCAAGCUACCACAUUUGCCCCUCAAACGCCAAUUAUCAAUUUGACACUUCCUUCAUGUAUAUGAUUGGAAUGCUUGGGAUGCUUCAAAUCUACCAACUUCGCCAUCCGGAUAUCAACGCAAACGCUCACGUCGCAUUUGCCAUCAUGGCCCUAUUUAUCUUUGUGGCCAUGGGAGGGGUGUAUUGGAACUACUUCUGGUAUUGGCUGAUCUUCAGUAUCGUCUAUGUGGUCACCAUGUUUACCGUAUCCAUCGAAUUCUACUUCAAAGGAAUGUGGCGAUUCAACUGGUUUGAAUUGUGGAGGGGGAUGAAGUAUGCGUUCUUUGCGUCUAAAUGGUGUUCCUGCUUAAUCCCCUCCUACAAAGGCCGAUUCUUCUUCCUGAUGGCUGCGAACGGGAUCAAUUUUGGAUAUAUAUUGUGGGGUGUGCUGAACAUGCCGAGAGACUUUCCGUCCUUCUUGCUGUUACCUUUCAUUGCAAACCUGUUCCUGUAUAUGCUGUAUUAUAUUGGAAUGAAGUUUGUGUACCGAGAAAGACUACGUGCUCGCGCGAUAGCAUACCUCAUCACGUCACUUUUGUGUUGGAUGGGCGCCAUAUGGUUCUUCUUACACAAUGUCACCGAUUGGAGCGUAACCUCCGCCAACUCACGUGCCCUCAACCGCCAAUGUUUCUUACUCGAUUUCUACGAUAAUCAUGAUGUCUGGCACUUCCUAUCAUCUCUCGCCAUUUUUACCUCAUUCUCCAUUUUACUGUGUAUUGAUGAUGACCUUCUUUUCGUACGCAGAGAUAAGAUUAUGGUAUUC